AUGACGUCGGAAGUCCGCCCUUUCAAGAUAGCAGUGCCCGAGGGAGAGCUUACAAAGCUCAAAUGCAAACUGAAUGCCGCUUCCUUCCCACCGGACACGGCCUUCUCCGACGACUGGGAGCGUGGAAGCCCCCAGGCGGACGUGAAGCGUCUCGUGGCGCGAUGGAAGGAGGGCUUUGACUGGCGUGCGGCAGAGGCGGAACUCAACAAGAUUCCCCAGUUCACGACCAGCGUCGACGUCGAUGGGUUCGGCAGCAUCGAGAUGCAUUUUGUUCACCAGCGGAGCCAGGAUGAGAAUGCAAUCCCGCUGUUGUUUUGUCACGGAUGGCCCGGUGGCUUUUGGGAAGUCAGGAAACUGCUCCCAUUACUUACACCCCAAAAUGUGGGAGAGCCGUCCUUCCACGUGGUAGCACCGUCCCAUCCCAACUUUGGCUUCUCUGAAGAGGUGGCCAAGCCUGGCUUUAACGGCAGAAAAUACGCCGAAGCAGCACACAAGGUGAUGCUCCGGCUCGGUUAUGACAAGUAUGUAACCCAAGGUGGUGAUUGGGGUUACAGGAUCACUCGGGCCCUGGACCUACUGUAUCCAGAAAACGUCCUCGCCUCGCACAUCAACAUGAUCCUCGCAGACCCCCCGACGCUGCUCCAGCAUCCCAUGCUGUACCUCCGCGCCCUGCUCACCCCACACACGGCACCGGAAAAGGCCAUGCUGGCAAACGUCAAGAAGCUCAUGGACAAGGGCAUGGGCUACAACCUGCAGCAGUCCACUAAGCCCGCGACCAUCGGCUUCGCCCUCGCCGACAGCCCCGUCGCGCUUCUGGCCUGGCAGUACGAAAAGCUCAUCGGCUGGAGCGACGACGACUACCGCUGGGGCGACGACGAGGUCCUCACCUGGGCCUCGCUGUACAUCUUUUCCCGCCCGGGCCCGGCCGCCAGUGUCCGCAUCUAUUACGAGGACACGCUGGGGGACGACGGAUUCGGCGAUGCCAGCGGGGGCAUCAAGGAGUCCAAGAGGUGGAACGGGGCCGUGCCGCUGGGUCUCUCGUCGUUCCCGCGGGACAUGGGCGCCCUCAUCUCUUCUGGGAGGACCCUGGGGCCUGUUGUUUUUGAGAGGGCGCACGAGAGGGGGGGCCACUUCCCCGCAACAGAGAGACCAGAGGUGCUGGCUGGUGAUCUCAAGGACAUGUUUUCGCUCUCUCCUGGUGGGUUUGGAAGGGCGGUGCAGGACAGAUUGAAGCUGAAGUGA